AUGAAGUUCACUACUCUCAUCACCUCUCUCUGUCUGGCGCUGGCCCCGCUUGCCGCCGCCACAGAGACCCUCACUACUAUGACCUCUACGACCACCAUCACCAAGACUCUGGUCCGGGUUAAUUCUGUGACACCUACUCCAAGCUCUAGCAUGACCACCAUGCCUGCUUCUUCUACCUCUACCCCACUGUCCAAGACAGCUUCUACCACCUCGGCCAUCGCUGCCGCUACCUCGACCGGUGCUGCCGCCCACGUUGGCGCGGGCAUGCCCGCUGCCUUGGCAGCCGCCGGUUAUAUCGCUGUGAUUGUGGGCCAGGCCCUGUAA